AUGAAUCACAAAAAUGCACAUAACCGAGCACCUGUCCGGGAUUACCUUUUACCAACCUCUGAUGGAGGAAUCACGACAGACAACGCCUCAAAUAUGAUUGCGAUGGGGCGUGUUCUUAAAGAUAAAAUGUAUAAUGAGUUUAAUAAUCAACAUCUACAACAUUUUCAUUGUGGUGCACACAUUCUUAAUAUUAUCGUUGAAGAGGGAAUUAAAUUAAUUAGUAAAGAAAUUUCCAAAGCACGGGAGUUCUCUAUGAAACUUCGAAACUCUCUAUCGCUAAUUCGAGAAUUAAAACAAAUUUUUGAAAUGUCAGUUAAUG